AUGGCGAGCGAAGACAACGGUCAAGAUCCUCCCAAGCGAGAUGUUCGCAACCACCUGCUCUUUGAGAUCGCAACUGAGGUCGCCAAUCGGGUGGGAGGUAUCUACUCCGUCCUCAAGUCUAAAGCUCCCGUCACCACCGCCGAGUAUGGUGAACGAUACACCCUGAUCGGACCGCUCAACCGAGCCUCCGCAGCGGUUGAGGUCGAGGAACUGACUCCAUCGAACCCUCGACUGAUUGAGACAAUCCAGUCCAUGAAAGAGCGUGGCAUUGAGAUUGUCUAUGGCCGCUGGCUGAUUGAAGGUGCCCCUCGUGUGCUACUCAUUGACACUUCAACUGGUUACAAGUACUUGGACGAGUGGAAGGGAGACCUGUGGAAUACGGCCGGAAUUCCCUCUCCCGCAGGAGAUACCGAAACGAAUGAGACCAUUGUGUUUGGCUACUUGGUAGCAUGGUUCCUGGGUGAAUUCAUCGCACACGAACGCCGCAAAGCAGUUGUGGCUCAUUUCCAUGAGUGGCUUGCUGGUGUUGCCCUUCCUUUGACGAAGAGGCGCCAUAUGGACCUAACCACGAUCUUCACAACCCACGCCACAUUGCUCGGUCGCUAUCUAUGCGCAGGGUCGGUGGACUUCUACAACAACCUGCAGCACUUUGACGUCGAUGCAGAGGCUGGUAAGCGUGGCAUCUACCAUCGAUACUGUAUCGAGCGGGCUGCAGCUCACACGGCCGAUGUCUUCACAACCGUCUCUCACAUCACUGCCUUCGAAAGCGAGCACUUGCUCAAGCGGAAGCCCGAUGGUGUGCUACCGAACGGACUGAAUGUGAAGAAGUUCUCAGCUGUCCAUGAGUUCCAGAAUCUGCACUCGCAAUCGAAGGAGAAGAUCAAUGACUUCGUUCGUGGGCAUUUCUACGGCCACAACGACUUCGAUCUCGACAACACUCUGUAUGUCUUUACUGCCGGUCGCUAUGAGUUCCGCAACAAAGGUGUGGAUAUGUUCAUCGAAAGUCUGGCGCGUCUCAACCACCGCCUCAAGGCGAGCGGAUCAAAGACAACGGUCGUCGCCUUCAUCAUCAUGCCUGCUCAGACUUCAUCCCUCACUGUGGAGUCGCUGAAGGGCCAAGCUGUCGUGAAGUCGCUUCGGGAGACCAUCCAUAACAUCGAGCAGGGCAUUGGCAAGCGCAUGUAUGAGCGCUCUUUGGCAUGGAAAGAGGGCGACAACAUGCCGGACGAGAAGGACCUGAUUACGAGUCAAGAUCGCGUUCUUUUGCGCCGUCGGCUUUUUGCCAUGAAGCGCCACGGCCUGCCGCCUAUCGUUACCCACAAUAUGGUUAAUGACCAUGAAGACCCAAUUCUGAACCAAAUCCGUCGGGUGCAGUUAUUUAACCACUCGUCGGACCGAGUCAAAGUGGUCUUCCAUCCUGAGUUCCUGAACUCCUCCAACCCAGUGCUGCCGCUUGACUAUGAUGACUUUGUGCGCGGCACCCACCUUGGAGUUUUCCCCUCUUAUUACGAGCCGUGGGGAUACACCCCUGCCGAGUGUACAGUGAUGGGCGUUCCUAGCAUCACCACCAACCUUUCUGGUUUCGGUUGCUAUAUGGAGGAAUUGAUCGAGAACUCGUCCGACUACGGUAUCUAUAUUGUGGACCGUCGCAUGAAAGGGGUGGAUGACUCUGUGAACCAGCUUACGGACUUUAUGUUGAACUUUACUCAAAAAAGCCGGCGACAGCGGAUCAACCAGAGAAACCGGACCGAGAGAUUGAGCGAUCUUUUGGAUUGGAAACGGAUGGGUUUGGAAUACGUCAAGGCCCGGCAGCUUGCUCUGCGGAGAGCUUACCCUUCGUCGUUUGAAAACGGAGAGGAUGUUUACGAUAUCAUCGGGGGCACAGAGCAGAAGAUCUCGCGACCCCUCUCUGUUCCUGGAUCCCCAAGAGACCGGUCUGGAAUGAUGACCCCGGGAGACUUUGCCUCCCUCCAGGAGGUCAAGGAAGGCCUCAGCACGGAGGACUAUGUUGCGUGGCGACUUCCGACCAGCGAGGAAGAAGAGCCAGAUGACCACUACUUCCCUCUUACUCUCCGAACGAAGAAAGCCACCGAUCGGCCUGCCUCCCCGCUCGACCGGCUUUCGUUGAAUGGUGAUGCAUGA